CUGACCAGAGGGAGCAUGUGGGUCUGCAGCGCUCUUCGGGGGGCGAGAACCCUGGCCCAGCUGCAGCGAGGGCUGCUCCCCGCUUCCAGCAGCCAUGGGCCUGCUGCCUCCUCCUACUCCUCAUCCGCCGAGCCCUCCCGGGUCUGGGCGCUGGUCUAUGGGCACCACGGGGAUCCAGCCAAGGUCGUCGAACUGAAGAACCUGGAGCUAGCUGCUGUGGGAGGAUCAGACGUCCGUGUGAAGAUGCUGGCAGCUCCUAUCAAUCCAUCUGACAUAAAUAUGAUCCAAGGAAACUACGGUCUCCUUCCCAAGCUGCCUGCUGUUGGAGGGAAUGAAGGCAUUGGACAGGUGGUGGCUGUGGGCAGCAGUGUGACUGGGUUGAAGCCAGGGGACUGGGUGAUUCCAGCAAAUGCCGGUUUGGGAACCUGGCAGACCGAGGCUGUGUUCAGUGAGGAAGCACUGAUUGGAAUUCCAAGUGACAUCCCUCUUCAGAGUGCUGCCACCCUGGGUGUCAAUCCCUGCACGGCCUACAGAAUGUUGGUGGACUUUGAGCAGCUGCAGCCAGGGGAUUCUGUCAUCCAAAAUGCAUCCAACAGUGGAGUAGGACAAGCAGUCAUCCAGAUCGCUGCAGCCCUGGGCCUGAGGACCAUCAAUGUGGUCCGAGACAGACCUGAUAUCCAGAAUCUGACUGACAGACUGAAGAAUCUGGGGGCUGAGCAUGUCAUCACAGAGGAGGAGCUAAGAAAACCUGAGAUGAAAAACCUCUUUAAGGACAUGCCCCAGCCACGGCUUGCUCUCAACUGUGUCGGUGGGAAAAGCUCCACAGAGCUGCUGCGGCAGUUAGCGCCUGGAGGAACCAUGGUGACCUAUGGGGGGAUGGCCAAGCAGCCCGUCGUAGCCUCUGUGAGCCUGCUCAUUUUUAAAGAUCUCAAACUUCGGGGUUUUUGGUUGUCCCAGUGGAAGAAGGACCACAGUCCAGGUGCCACACCCUGAGUAGGGCAUCGGGCCCACCAGAGCAGCUGGAAAUGGUGAAGAGGAACAGCUCAGUCCUGGCACAGCAUCAGCCUGCAUCUGAAGGCAGAAGAAUUCCUGGGAAGACAGCAGGGCUGGCCUAAAGGUGAGUGGGAAGGAGACAUUGGCACUUCUGAACGGGAAAAAAGAAGCCUUCUGUAUGCCCAUAAUCCUUUACAGUGUACAGUCACUUUCACAUGCCUCUUCAUCUGAUUUUUACAAUUUUCCUAUAUCACUGAGAUUUUAAUAUCACCACUUUACAGAAGAAGGAAGCUGCUGAAAGAGGUGAAGUGAGUUGCAGAUUACACAGCAGGCAGCAGAGCUGUCACCAAAACCCAGGUCCCCUGACUGUGUCUGGUCACCACCCCAUAUAGUCCCAAUUCUGUUGGUCUUGGAGCUCCCUCUCUUCUCAGGACUGCUUGAUUUUGUUCUUGACAUGUCAGCUGUCAUUGACAUGUCAACUGUAAGAGAGUUCAAAUUUCCCUGAGUGUGCGUCUCAUGGAAAGGUAUAAGAAAAGGAGAAUCAGGACUGGCCAGUUA